AUGGUGAUGAAGGGUAUUUGCAUGCUCAAGGGUGACAGUCCAGUGCAGGGCACCACCCACUUCGAGCAGAAGGCAAGCAGCAGUGAGCCAGUUGUGGUGUCAGGACAAAUCACAGGAGGGACUGAAGGCCAGCAUGGGUUCCACGCCCAUCAGUUUGGGGAUAAUACACAAGACUGUACCAGUGCAGGGCCUCAUUUUAAUCCUCACUCCAAGAAACAUGGCGGACCUGUAGGUCAAGAGAGGCAUGUUGGAGACUUGGGCAAUGUGACUGCUGGAAAGGAGGGUGUGGCCAAUGUGUUCCCUGAAGGUUGUGUGAUCACACUCUCAGGAGAACAGUCCAUCAUUGGCCAUACAAUGGUGGUCCAUGAGAAACAAGAUGACUUGGGCUAAGGU